AGCUAGACAAAUUUAAUUUUUUAUCGAUCAUCAUGUAGCUGUAUAUAAAUUAGAAUCAAAUUCAAUAAACACACUAUUUCACAUACGAACAUUUACAAUUGCAUGUCCAGCACCACCAUGGUGACUGACAGUGACACUCAUUUCACCACCACCUCCGGCCUGGCCAGCCCGUUUCCUCAGCUGGGCCUCCACUUCUCGGACUCGGAGCUCCGAGAAACCGCGUACGAGAUCUUCAUCGCGGCUUCUCGGAGCUCCAGAGGUUCCAGACCGUUGACUUUUGUAUCUGCUUCGUCAACAAAGGAGAAAAAAGAGUGGGGCUUGAAGAACUCGGUGCUCACUCAACAGAACUCACUGGGUUCAGGCAAGCGAGUUGGGGCUGUAGGAGAGUUGAUGAGGGUUCAGAUGAAGGUUUCUGAGCAAGUCGAUUCUAGGGUUAGACGUGCCUUGCUUAGAAUUACGGCUGGUCAGCUAGGGAAGCGGAUGGAGUCUCUUGUUUUACCUCUAGAGCUAUUACAACAACUAAAAGCUUCAGAUUUUUCCUCUGCAAGAGAAUAUGAAGCAUGGCAAAAGAGGAUAUUGAAGGUCCUUGAAGCUGGUAUUCUCCAGCAUUCUCAUGUGCCUCUUGACAAGACCAAUGCUUCUGCUCAAAAACUUCGCGAGAUUAUAGAUGGGGGUUUAGAGAGGCCCAUCGAGACUGGUAGAAGUGAAACAAUGCAAGCAUUAUGGAACAAUGUUAUGUCUCUUGCCUGUAGAUCGUUUGAUGGUUCUGUCUCUGAUAUAUGCCAUUGGGCAGAUGGGGUACCUUUUAAUCUCCGAGUGUAUCAGACGCUUUUAGAAUCUUGCUUUGAUAUUAAUAACGCAACAGUUGUGAUAGAGGAAGUUGAUGAAUUGUUAGAGCUCAUAAAGAAAACAUGGGGGAUCCUUGGACUAAACCAAGCAUACCAUAAUCUCUGUCUUUUAUGGGUAUUAUUUGACCGUUAUGUUGCUACAGGCGAAGUUGAAAAAGACCUGCUCCUCGCUGCUGAAAAAAUAUUUUUGGAAGUUGAAAAGGACGCAAAGGCAACAAAGGAUCCUUCUUACUCCAAGAUUUUAAAUUCAGCUUUGAGCUCAAUUCUGAGUUGGGGUGGAAAAAAACUCUUUGCUUACCAUGACACUUUCUACAGGGGUAACACUGAUUUAAUGCAAAUUGUUCUAUCACUCAAUGUCUUAACGAAUAAUAUAUUGGGGGAAGACAUUUCACACGAAAAGAACACAGAUGUUGGCAUCUCAUGUCGCCAACUUAACACUUACAUUAGGUCAUCAGUUGCCAGUGCAUUCCAUCAGAAAAAGGAGAAAAUCUAUCUAAGCAGACGGUCAGCAAGACAUCAGCAAAGUCCUCUUCCUGUCCUUUCCAUCCUUGCUCAAGACAUUAGCGAUCUUGCUUAUAAUGAGAAGGAAAUAUAUAGUCCUAUUUUGAAGAGAUGGCACCCUCUUGCAACAGGUGUAGCCGUAGCAACUCUACAUGCUUGCUAUGCAAAUGAAUUGAAACAAUUUGUUUCGGGCAUCAGCGAACUGACUCCUGAUGGUAUUCAAGUGUUGAUAUCUGCCGACAAGCUGGAAAAAGAUCUAGUGCAGAUGGCAGUGGAAGAUUCAGUUGACAGUGAGGAUGGUGGAAUAUCAAUAAUUCAGGAGAUGCCUCCUUAUGAGACUGAAGGUGUGAUUGCAAAUCUAGUAAAAUCUUGGAUAAACACAAGAAUAGACAGGCUUAAGGAAUGGAUUGUUAGAAAUCUGCAACAAGAGGUGUGGAAUCCACAAGCAAACAAAGAGCGAUCUGCUCCAUCGGCAGUGGAGGUUCUUCGGAUGGCAGAUGAAACUCUGGAAGCAUUCUUUUUGCUGCCAAUACCGAGGCAUCCUAUAUUACUACCUGACUUGAUGAGGAGUCUUGAUAAAUGCGUUCAGAGUUACAUAAUAACUACAAAAUCUCACUGUGGAUCUCGAGGUGAAUUUCUUCCCGUUAUUCCUGAUUUGACCAGAUGUACAGCGGGAUCAAAACUCCAAGGUGUCUUCAGGAAGAAAGAUAAGUUGAUUCCGAGGAGGAAACCUGUUUUAAAUGAGGACAACUCAGGAAUUCUGCAACUGUGUGUUCGCAUAAAUACCUUGCACCUCAUACGGAAAAAAUUGGAAGUUCUACAGAAUAGGAUGACCGCUCACUUAAGAAAUGCUGAAUAUACUCAUCUGGAUGAUAAGGGGAAAGUGUUUGAGCUUUCACAAACUGCUUGUUCAGAAGGGGUGCAGCAGUUAUGCGUGGCAACUGCAUACAAGCUCAUUUUUCGUGAUUUAAGUCCCGUGUUCUGGGAUGGUCUAUAUCUUGGGGAAGUCUCUUCUUCUAGGAUAGAACCUUUUCUUCAAGAUCUCAAACAAUACUUGGAGAUCAUAUCAUCCACCGUUCAUGACAGAGUCCGGGCACGUCUGAUUGCCGAUGUGAUGAAAGCUUCUUUUGAUGGUUUCUUGUUGAUUCUGCUUGCAGGAGGCCCUUCUCGUGCCUAUUCGGUGGAAGACUAUAUAAUGAUAGAGGAAGACUUUGAUUUUCUUCAAAAUUUCUUCUGUUCCAGUGGAUAUGAAUUACCACCUGAAUUAAUAAACAGAUUUGCACUCAUUGUGAAACGUAUACUUCCCCUGUUCCAUAUGGACACUCAGAGCCUCAUCGAGCAGUUCAGAGCUUCAAUAUCAAACGAGUAUGGCCCGUCUGCUAGUUCUAGCCUUCCCUUGCCUCCAACAUCUGGUCAGUGGAAACCUACAGAAGCCAAUACAAAUUUACGUGUUUUAUGUUAUCGGAAUGAUAAACAGGCAACCAACUUUCUCAAAAAGACCUACAACUUCCCGAAGAAACUAUGAUCAACUAGAAGACAGUUGCAUAACCAACAUGCUGCUGAUAGUUUCUGAAGCUCCAUUGUGUAAGAAAGGCUUCGGAAAACAAAUGACCAGUGUGCAUGAUGUUGGCUGUCGUAACGUGAUGUUAAUUUGGUGAGUGCCAAGUUGUUACUUCAAUUGUUGCUUUAUCAUAAAGUUGUGGCAUUUUGUGUAUAUGACGUUCAGAUAAAGGCUUGGUUGCAU